UUUCACGCUGUUGAAUAAAAUAAACCUAAGUGAGUUUCAAUGUUUUUUAUAUUAUUGAAAACAUUUGAAGAAUCUUACUACCUCUUCAGCAGACCAUUCGACCACUGUAAAAAAAUAAAACUGCUUUAUUGGAUUUCAAUAAAAAAUGAAUUAAAUUCCCAGUUCAAACAACUAGGAGGAGCCAAAGCACCGGGAGAUCCUCCCUUGUUCUCACCCCGUAUCCCGAUUGGUCCUUGCAUGGGAGUCUGCACUGUGUUGAUAAGGAGUUAGAACGGGAUGUUGGAAUUGAUAGCUGGAAUUUGUUGUUCCGGUCCACUGUGUUUGUGAUCUGCCAGUUGCUUUGUAGUGGGUGUUAGUAAAGUUAUAGUGUCUAUGUGUAUGUGUAGUUAUUGAAAAUUUUUUGUUGAGGGUGAAAAUUAUAAAGAUUACUAAUAUUCAAAUGCCAAUGUUAACUCAUCCCAAUAUCUCCAGUCCGACGGACCUGGACUGGAGCAUGGACGGGGACAAUACAGACGUCAGUACAUCUUCUUCGCCAAAUGGUACCAAAUGUCAUCAAAAUCACGAUCAAGACUCACUUUCCGAAGACGACGAUUUCUCCGAUGAAUUCUCCAUAAUUGACAGCGAUGAUGAAAAGCGGAUAGAAAGGCACCAGGCACAUCAACUUGUUCCCGUGUCGUUAGAAGUGCCAGUGAAAGGAGUAGUGAAAAAAAUAUUUACAAAUAGUAGAGAGCGAUGGAGACAACAAAAUGUCAGUGGUGCCUUUGCCGAGUUGCGGAAGUUGGUACCAACUCAUCCUCCAGAUAAAAAACUGUCGAAAAAUGAGAUCCUUCGCAUGGCAAUAAGGUACAUUCGUCUCCUUACGAACGUCCUCGAAUGGCAGCACAAUAACUCCAACAAUUCCAUCCAAGUAUGCGUCAAAGCAGAGGACGUGGUCGCCAUUUCCAAUCAUACUCGCCUCAUUCCCGGGUUACACACUCUCAGAACUAGGGCAAGGCUCCGUCGGCACAACAAUCUGACUAAUCACCAGUUUCCUAUUUGCGACAGAAACGGAAAUAAUCUCUUAAUGAUUGCGCCCAAUAAUCACUUGCCUCACCGCAGAUGUUUGGAGUUCCGACACGGCAGAGUCAAAUUGGAGAAUAAGGAAAAGGAUGAGGACGAUUUGAAAGAAAAUGUGAAAAUCACUGAGGAAAAGUGAAACAUUCUCUAUUGGACUACCUAGUUGAUUUCGUAUUGAACUCUUAUUUUUUUUUAUUCCGUGCGAAGUCUCAAAAGAUUUUUUCGGCAUUCACUUCGACAUACGAGGGGUGGUCAGAAACUAAUAAUUCAAGGAUUAUGUAAUACGUACGCUAGAUCAUAUAGAAAUUCUACAAGACAAUAUUUUUAGCAGUAAUAUCACAAGAGAAUGAGAAUAAAUUGAAAAUAAUACGACAGUUUUUCGAAAACUUUUGCCUGGCAACAAACACGAGAGCCCGCACAGCUCGAGUGAGUAUUGCCGAAUGGAAACAAGUUUGAGAAACAAAUUGGAGCGUUAUUUUCUUAUUUAUUCUCACUAUCGUGUGAUAUUCGAAAUAUAUUUUUUAAUACUUAUAUACAAAAUUCAAGUCUUUGUAAAUAAUCGUUCAGUGACAUUUGAAGACCUAAGUGGAAAAAGGAGGUAUAUAACAUUUUCUAAAAUUGCGAGUUUCUUAGUGAAUUAAGGUGGUAUGUAACUUCACUAUCAUAUGACACUUAUACUGUACCUCUAAAAAGCUUAAUAAGAGAUAUUCUAGUGGAUGAAGGAGGUCUGUAACAUGUAAACUACGAUUCUUGAAUGAAAGAAGGAGAUAUAUGAAACAUUUUUCGUCGUUUUCAGAUUUAAAUUGUUUAUAACUCGAAAACUAUUAACUUUAGAGAAAAAUUACAAAAGACCGUUUUUGUUUCCAAUAAUCAAAAGAACCUAAAAUAAUGUACCCGGGUUGAAAAAAUUGAUUUUUUAAAGUUGUUUAAAUUUUUUUUUAAAUAAAUGUAGCUAAAUAACUUCGAAAUUAUGGCAUUUAGGUAUAGGGAAUAUCACAAGAAAAAUAAUCAGCAUUCCUUAAGAACUUCAAAACGCAAAAAUAUACAGGGUGUUCUAUUUGAAAUAAGAAAAUUCAUUAGAUUUCCAGAAAAACGAAAGUUCUGACAACAAUGUAAUUGCCACUAUUAUAUCGGCCGCAUUAGAAAACCCUUUGUCAUCAAAAUCUAUAAAAAAUCGUGCAAGCCGUUUCCCAGAUAAUUGAGGCUUUCCAUACAUAAAACUGACUCUGUAUAAUAUACUCCAUUUAAUAAUACAAGGCAAGGUAGACGGAAGAAGAAAGGCCAGGUCGAGGAAGAAAGGCCAGGUCGAAGAUGAAAGGCCAGGUCGAAGAAAAAAGGACAGGUCGAAGAAGACCGUCAUGACUUAGGGUUUGCUCACUACGGAGAGCAAUGGAUUGUAUCCUCGUUUCGACCCUUACUCCCUGGUAUUUAUAUUCGUGAAUUCUCGCAUUUAAAAUAAUGUAUUUAUUUCACAUAGCGAUCGAAACUAUAUUAUCGAUCGCUAUGUAAAAUAGAUACAAUAUUUUUAUAUAAUAUAACGAAUAUAAAUACCAGGGAGCAAGGGUCGGAGCGAGGAUACAAUCCAUUGCUCUCCGUAGUGAGCACAACUUUAGACACCUGUGAGAGUGGUUUAACAGAUCCUCUGCAUCCCUUUACCGAGCUGCCCUCAAAAAAAUUACCAUAGCCAAUUUGAUAGCCAACGCUCAAUAAUCGAGCACGGCACAUGAAGAAGAAGAUUAUUUUGUGUUCAAUUACAUAAAUUUCUGUAAAACUGAUUAUAGAGCAUUAUUUCAUGCCACAUACCCCCUUCAUCCAUUCAGAUAAAGGAUAGUUAUACAAACUAAAAUUAAUGGAAGAAGGCGGUAUGUACAGUUUUUAUUUAUUUGUAGGAAAAAUACAAAAAUAAAAACAAAUUAUCAGUAGUAAUUGCACAAGAGCUCUAAAAUUCUAUAUUAAUUUUAGAGAUCGAGUGCAAUUUGUUGCGAUUAUUUCAUGAAUAAAACUGUUCAACACCAAAA